CCGUCUUCUUCCGCCGUCCGCGGCCCAGGCUAGCGCGGGGUGUGCGUCGGAGUCGCGGCCAGCAGAGGGAUUCUGGGUAACGGCCCCGGCCGGCUGGGGCUGCUGGCUCCGCGCAGCAGGUUCCACUCACGCCAAGUCCGUUGGCAGUGGCGGUUCUAGGGCUGGGGGCCGCCGGACAUGGAGCAGCCGUGGCCGCCGCCAGGACCUUGGAGCCUCCCUCGGGCCGAGGGUGAGGCUGAGGAAGAGAGUGACUUGGACGUGUCCCCCAGUUCUCCCCGCUGCUCGCAGCUGCCGGGCGGCGGCGCGCAGAUGUAUAGCCAUGGAAUUGAACUGGCUUGUCAAAAGCAGAAAGAGUUUGUGAAGAGCUCUGUGGCGUGCAAAUGGAAUCUCGCUGAAGCUCAGCAAAAACUUGGUAGCUUAGCCCUGCAUAACUCCGAGUCCUUGGAUCAGGAACAUGCCAAAGCACAAACAGCAGUCUCUGAGCUAAGGCAACGUGAAGAAGAAUGGCGGCAGAAAGAAGAGGCUCUAGUACAAAGAGAGAGAAUGUGUCUGUGGAACAUGGAUGCCAUUAGCAAGGAUGUUUUUAACAAGAGUUUUAUUAAUCAAGAUAAAAGAAAAGAUAUAGAAGAUGAAGAUAAGUCAAAAUCAUUUAUGCAGAAAUAUGAACAAAAAAUCAGACAUUUCGGUAUGUUGAGUCGAUGGGAUGAUAGUCAGAGAUUUUUAUCUGACCAUCCAUACCUUGUAUGUGAAGAGACUGCUAAAUAUCUUAUUUUAUGGUGUUUUCAUCUAGAAGCUGAGCAGAAAGGGGCUCUAAUGGAACAAAUAGCACAUCAGGCUGUUGUAAUGCAGUUUAUUAUGGAAAUGGCCAAAAACUGUAAUGUGGAUCCAAGAGGGUGUUUUCGUUUAUUUUUCCAGAAAGCCAAAGCAGAGGAAGAAGGUUAUUUUGAAGCAUUCAAAAAUGAACUUGAAGCUUUCAAGUCAAGAGUCCGACUUUAUUCUCAAUCACCAAGUUUUCAACCUAUGACAGUUCAGAAUCAUGUUCCCCAUUCUAGUGUGGGAUCUGUAGGUUUGUUAGAAUCCUUACCACAGUUGACAGUAAUCUUGUGAAAUAAGCAAAUACCAUCGUACUUCGUUUUGAGAGAACUAAACAAGGCCUUAUGGACAGAGGUGUUAUAACAGUUACCUUAGGUUUAUCCUGUAGACCAGCUUUUAAUUUUAUUCAAUGUGAUGAGUAGUUUUCUUUGUAAGGACUGCAUUACAUGAGGUGCUAGAGGCAGGAUUAGAACUGAGGUCCAACAUUGUGCGUGCGGUAUUCCAGACCUCCGUCAGUUACUGGUGCCACUUCCUUCAUCAGUACUUGCUGGGGAAUAAUCUGGCGUCUGGCUAGCUUUUUGACUUUUACAAAUAAUGGAAUUGCAAUGUAUUGUACUUUAAGAGAAUCUUUUGAAAACUCUGCCUCCCUGUGGGAUGGGAAAGUUUAAGACAUCUAUCCCCUGUUUGGACUAUUUUCCUAAUUGGUGUUCAUUAAAUAAAAUAAACAAAUGAAAACAGGUGAUAGCGGUAAUAAAACUCUGAGUAGCUAGCAGAUAUUCAGAACAACUGAAUAGACAAAAUUGAAUUCCUAGGGAAGAAUUUCCUAAGGUCCUGGGUCUUAGGGCUUAUGUCCCUAGUCAUGGUGCUUUAAUAAAAAUAGUUUUAUUUUUGCAUUUAUUGAAUAAGGUUUUCUUCCUAGCUUUAGAAAUACACAGAUAGGAUAUUUAUGAGUUUAAAAAAUAAACAAGAUCCAAAUAAAAAUAUUCUUUUAUUCUCAAUUUUUAAAAUGUGGAUCUAAGUACCUCUCAAAAGAUUAGUAAUUUCUCACUUGAGUUUGUUUUUAACCUUUGAAAAGCCAUGUAGACUCUGAAGGUAGCUGUAAUUUUUACUUGGUAAAUGCAUUUUUUUUUCCUUAUGCAAGUGUUUUGUGUUUUUAAUAUUUAGUCUGGUAAUUAGUAAUCUUCAAGACGCAUUGCCAACUUAGAGCCAUAUUUAUCUUUUAAGUUGUCAGUAGCUUUGUACAUAUAAUUACAUGGAAGAUGUACCCUUAUAUGAUUAAAUAAUUUAAAUUGCAAGUUUUGUUAAAAGGAAAAAAAAGUGUUUAUUACAGUUCAAUUUUUUACAUGUAUCUUUCUGUCUUUGUCACAUCCUCUUUGGAUCAAGUGGUCCAGUCUAUUUUCUUCA